AGAACAAAAUAUAACACUUGUAGACAUUAAAAUUAAAUAUAUAGCAAUCAUUACAUUUUAGAAAAUAUGAAAAUGGAUUUACAUCGAAGAAAAUUACUACCAGUAUUGUGUCUAGUUUUUUUAAUUCAAAAAUUAUUUUAAAUUUAUUAAUAAUUAAAACUGUAAUGAAAAUAUUCGAAACCAUACGUCAGAUUUUGACAUCUAUGGAUUUGUAUCUUGUCAAGACAUAAUUUAUUACAACAAUUAUUUAUUUAUUACCAGGUUAGUUUUGUGGGUAUCACCAUGGCACAGUCGACAGCCAGUGGAACAUCAUCACGUAGACAUAUUAAAGAUCAUGAUAUUAGUACAAAUACUCGUUUACCUCAUUAUGGAGAUAGUGAAUGGGAAACUAGAGAGGCACUUAGACAAAGAGAAUUAGAAGAAGCUCGAGCUCGAGCCGCACAAAUGGAAAAAACAAUGAGAUGGUGGUCCGACUGCACAGCAAACUGGCGGGAAAAAUGGAGUAAAGUUCGUAACGAACGUAAUAAAGCGCGCGAGGAAGCUAAAUUAUUGCGCACAAAAUUAGAAAUAGCUGUCAAGGAUGCCAACAGUUAUAAGCACGAGUCCCAAGAGCUCGAGCAUCAGAAUGAACAGUUACGUAAAGAAAUGGAGAAAAUUCACAUGGUCUUACUGAAGCAUGCCGGACAAUUUGACCGGCAGAUAGUCAAUAUCAUCGAAUCAGAUCCACAGCUACGGAAUUCACUUGGUAUCGAUGAUUUACUAGAGCUGUACAAUAACGUCGACAGGUGUGACAAAACAUCACCGAGUAAUUGCCGUAAAAGUCCGCGCGAUGACAGCUGUCAGGAUUCUAAAUGUGAGUCAACUGAUCGUGACAUUGAGGAGUAUGUUUUGCAAGGUGCUGUGCCAAAGCAUGCCGUCGAAUUGUACAAAGAAGGAUCAAUGAGUAGCUUGGAACGAGACAUUGCCAAGCUGAUGGACGACAAUAACAAAAUACCAGAUAGAAUUGACCUGAAGUCAACGUUAAAUGACGACGAUGAUCCUCUGCAAGUUCAUAUGGCGAUGUUCAAUUUAGGACUUGAAGAUUCGAAAAAUAAUGAACUGUCUGAUAACCAAACUCUUGAACAAUUGAGACUUGAAGUCAUUCAGUUACGUAGUAGGUGCGAUGAACUGCAAAAAAGUCGUGCUGAUGUUAUCAAAGAGCUGAGCGAUUUGAAAGAACAGUAUCAGAUUGAGUUGAUGGCAGCGCAAGCUGAUCUGCUUGAUGAAGCAGCCAAUCGUGAGGGUAUGGACCAACGUCUGAAUGAAUUACGCGGGGAAUUAGAAAGACUGCAAAGUGAAAAUGCCGCUGAGUGGGCGAAACGCGAGCGAUUGGAGACUGAGAAGAGUUCACUUGAGCGGGAAAAUAAACAGCUGGUUAAUGAGAUGCGUGAAAUGCAAGAUAGAGUUGACUCGAGAAGAUCACGUGGUUCGUUAUUGGAUGGAGAUACCAGGCAACUGCAGCAGGAUUUACUGGACAUGAAACAUUUGAAUGCUAAAUUGAAGAAGGCUUUGAAUGAAAAAACUACAGAGUUAACUCACGCGUUACGUAGAUCUGAACAAUAUGAGACGGAAGUUAAAAGAGUUAGGGCACGAGUUGAAGAGCUGAAGAAAGAGUUGGCUUGUGCGCAAGAUGAAGUUGACGCUGCUACAAAUACUGUAAGAAAAUUGCAGCGUAACAAUGAAAAUCUUAUCGAACAAUUGGAGUCUGCUAAUGUUCAGAUAGAGCAUUUCAAAAAUAGUAGUUCAGAACCUUGUGCACCAGAUGUUGUUGCUGAAAUACUUGAUGAUAAAUCUCGAGAUGAUGACAAUGAUGACUCGCCAAUUGAUUUCCGAAGUAAACGGAUCUAGAUUUGUUAAUAUAAAUAUUUAAGAUAAAUUAUUAUUUAUCAGUUAUCAUUCCACAAGCGACUAAGGAUCGUAAUAUUCUUUUUUAUUUUUUUAUAUUUAUUUUAUACGUUAACUAGGGUUUAAAUAAAUAAAUUAUAUAAUUGUAAAUAUUUUACCAAUCUUGAGAGUUUAUAAUUAAAGGCCGAGGGAAAAAUUGAGCUGAUUAUUUUUUAAAAAUUAUUAUUUUAUUUUAACUCGUCCCCUUUCUGGGUAAACUUCGCAACUUUUUUUUCAUAAUUAAAAUUAUGAGUGAAAAACAUUCUUUGGUACUGCUAUUGCUGCUACCAAAUUUGUGUUGUUUUUCCUCUCUUAUGUCAAUUAAAAAAUCUUUUAGAUGACAUUUGACAACUUUUUGUCGUCACUUGUGUUGAGUCUUUUAAGUAGAUAUUUUUUCGGUGAUAUAAAUUUUUGAUCGUUUUGUCAACAUCUUGGUGUCUUGAUAUGUCAAAAAGUAGCGUAAAAACUGACAUCUUACAGAUGUUACAAAGGCAAGUGUGCAGCUUGGGACAGAAUAGAUGUUUUGACCGAUUUCUGAAAAAAUUAUAAUUUUGCAGAUACGAGAUUUACCCAGAAAGGGGAGGAAUUGUCCUGGUGAUACUCAAUCGCGAAUGUUCAAAAAUAUGGGUCAACUUUAUCGUAACACGUAAAUCCUUGUCGCUUAAAAAAAAACGCACACGUGAUAGAGGAAAAUAUUAAAAUUGUUAAUCACGUCCCCUAUGAGUGAAUAAAAAAUAAAAUAAAAAUUUA